AUGGAGCAACUAGUAAGCAUGGGUUUCCCCAGCGACUUAGUCGCUGAAGCUUUAACCGCCACCGGCGGUGACUCCAUCCAAAAAGCCACCGACUGGAUCCUCUCCCACCUAACCACCACCACCACCGCCGCCACGUCACAACCCAAACUCGACCGUUUCCUCCUCCCCAAUUCCAAAACCCUAACCCCCGUCGUCGUCAAUUCCAACAAACGCCCCAAACUCUCACCACCACCAACCAACCGCCACCAGCCUCUAUCAGAGCGCAUGCGUCCUCGCACACUCUCCGACGUCGUAGGCCAAGACCAUCUCCUCUCUCCAUCUUCCCUCCUCCGCUCCGCCGUAGACUCCAACCGCCUCCCUUCCAUCAUCUUCUGGGGUCCACCUGGCACAGGCAAAACCUCCAUCGCCAAAUCUCUCAUCAACUCCUGCAAGGAUCCUUCUCAGUACCGCUUCGUCUCGUUGUCUGCAGUCACCAGCGGCGUCAAGGACGUGAGAGAGGUCGUGGAGAGCGCCAAGAAGCUUAACCUUGAUGGUAAGAAGAGGACUGUUUUGUUCAUGGAUGAAGUUCAUCGGUUUAACAAGUCACAGCAAGAUUCCUUCUUGCCUGUUAUUGAAGAUGGUAGUAUUAUCUUCAUUGGUGCCACUACUGAGAAUCCGUCUUUUCAUUUGAUCACUCCUUUGCUCUCGCGUUGUAGAGUUCUUACUCUUAAUCCUUUGAAGCCUAACCAUGUUGUGACUCUUCUUAGACGAGGUGUAGAUGAUGGACUCUCUGGUAGUGUUGAGGUUGGUGAUUCUGUUGUUGAGUUCUUGGCUAAUAACUGUGAUGGUGAUGCGCGUGUUGCGUUGAAUGCAUUGGAGAUCUCGGCUACUAUGGCUACUGCUAGAGCCGGUGGGGGUGGAGGUGAUGUUGUUGCUGUUGUGUCUCUUGAUGAUGCUAAAGAGGCUCUUCAGAGCAAACAUUUGGCGUAUGACAAGGCAGGGGAGCAACAUUAUAAUCUAAUAAGUGCGCUUCACAAGUCUAUGCGAGGAGGAGAUGCUAAUGCUGCAAUAUACUGGCUGGCUAGAAUGCUUGAAGGUGGUGAAGAGCCGCUUUACAUUGCGAGGAGGCUUAUAAGGUUUGCGAGCGAGGACGUUGGGCUUGCUGACCCUUCAGCUCUUACUCAGGCGGUUGCUUGCUAUCAAGCUUCGCAUUUCUUGGGUAUGCCUGAGUGCAAUGUGAUACUUGCUCAAUGCACUGCUUACUUGGCGCUGGCUCCUAAAUCCAUUGCUGUUUAUAGAGCAAUGGAAACUGCAAGGAAGGUUGUGAAGGACUCGGUUGGUCAGAAUGAAGGGGUGCCUCUACAUCUGAGGAAUGCUCCGACCAAGUUGAUGAAGGAACUUGGGUAUGGAAAAGAGUAUAUAUAUCCUCCUAAUGACCCUUCUGCUGCUGCAGCUCAGACCUAUCUACCUUCGUCUCUUCUGCAUUAUAAGUUCCUGGAAUGGCCUGAAAGUGAUGGCCAAGAUCAAGAACAUAGGCUCUAA